GCCCGAAAAAAUGGCUAAAAAGAAAAGAAAUCAUCCCGAUUUGGGAUUGACUGUUCCUUCCGCCACGGCCGCCGCCGCCGCCGCCGCCCCCCAUGCUCCUCCUAAUGCGCCGCCUCCCUGCCGCCCCCUCUCUCCUCGCCGUCCACUCGCGCAUCUCCCGCGCGCCGCCCGCUCUCGUUCUCCGGCAACCACACGGUCCCCUGGCAACGACGACGACGUCCACGACACCCGCUGUAUCCUCCCCCUCCUCCGCGGGUUCGCCGCCCUCAGAGAAUCAGCCAGCAGUGGAUCAGGGGAGCGGAACCGAUCCCCGUCCCGAAACCCUCGACCGGGAUUGGGGCUCGACGUUGUCCCGGGCGGAUCCGGCAGCGAUGGUUGGGACCCUGGGCCGAUUGCACGGCGAGCAGAUCCAUUUGGGCCUGGGAACCUUCAAUCCGCUGCUGCGUCAAGCGUGCGAAGCAGGCGACUUCGCUCACUUCGCCAAGGUAUUCAGACACUUGCUGCUCUCCAAAGCUGCUCCCGACUUGACUUCUUACAUGUAUGUCGCCAGGGCCCUUGGGGAUUUAGAGGACCCUGAACUGAUGCUCAAGUUUGUCAGAGAGAUACUGGAAAUCACGCAUGGUAGAGGCCCUACGGUAGUGAAUCGCAUAAUUUUCGCCGCGGGUAGGUACGGACACAUCGAUAAAAGUUUGAUCAUGUUCCAAGAGUUGAAGAGAGAUCAGAGAUGCUUGGAUGUCGUCACGUUCAACACUGUAUUGGACAUGCUGGGCAAAGCUGGUCGGGUGGACCAAAUGCUUCAUGAGGUGAAGCUGAUGGACGAACUUGGCCAUUCCCCUGACAUUGUGACGUAUAAUACAGUGAUAAACUGCCUGCGUUGGCUUGGGAGAUUUGAUCUGUGCAAAAGUUUUGCAACAGAGAUGUUUGACAGAGGCAUUUGUCCAGAUUUGAGAACAUAUAGCGCACUCAUUGAUGGUUUCGGACGGGCUGGUCGUAUAACUGAGGCCCUAGAAGUGUUUGAAGAAAUGAAGAAGUCACAUCAACCUUCAAUUUACAUCUAUCGUGCACUAAUCAGUGACCUCAAAAAAGCUGGACGGAUUGAACUAGCACAAAAGCUGCUUGAAGAGAUGAAUUCAAGGGCUUCUGAUUUAUUAGGCCCUGAAGAUUUCAAGCAGAAGUUCAAGGGAAGAAGGAUCACUAAAAGUGGGUAAGAAGCAGAUGACUUCUCUUCAAGGCCUGUGUGAUUCCUUCAUAUGCGCCAUGUGCCGAUACACGGUUCCAGUAUUCCAGGGUUUACUGGUAUAUGUUGAAUCUUCAGUGGAGGCAUCUCAGGAAGAAUCAGAGAACCGCGAAGCUCAAUGAAAAAUGCAUGAUCAAAGACAGCUUACGGGCCUGAAUGAAAUAUCAUGGCUGCAGAACCUUGUUGGACUGAACUGCAUUUCAAGAGACACCCACACUCGAGUUACCAGGCAGUGGACUAAAUGAGUAUCUCUGUUUGAGGAAUAUGUGAUGCACAGCUACUCUGGUAGGCAUGUGAAUCAUGACCAUUGUCCACUUAUGGAAAGAACAUUGUUUUGAUCUAAACUUCUGGGUGUGAUCUGGAGAAUUGUGAAAUCUUGUGAUCUGCUGUUUCAACAUUUUCUGUUCCUUUUCAGUGGAUCCGGAGAAUUGCGAAAUCUUGUGAUCUGCUAUUUCUGUAGGAUGUGUUUGUAAAUCACUAGGCAUAAUAGUAAUCAGAUCUUUUUGUUAUUGGUAUCCUCUAUAUCCAUGCGGCCAAUGAAUAUACACUACACUUUUGUAAGUUUAUUGAAUCCAGAUGUUCUUGUUAUUUAUUUGAUCAUC